AUGAUUCAUUUCUUCUUCUUCUUUUACCAGGUGCUGGGCGUAGAAAAGUUUGUGCCACAGCAGCGUCGUGAUCAAGCAGAGAAGAGAAAGGCAAACACCACAGCCGCAGCGGAGACGGACGCCUCGGUGCCAAAGGUCUCCAGAGUUGAGGGAGAGGACGUUGAGGCUCCACCAGCAGCAGCGGUACCUGAAGGCAGCGAGGCGGAGCCCUGCACGGACGGCGGAGGCCAAGCCUGA